GUCCUGAAACCCUUGACAGCCCAGUUCUUCGUGCCACAACCUGAUUCCAGCUGCAGCUCUUCUAUUUCCUGGCUGUAGGUGAUUGAGAAAGGGUGAUUUAUUUUUUGACCCCCAAAUCCCUGUUUUCUCAUGUGUAAGAAUGCAGUUUGCUGCAUAAAUAGCCACUGUCACUUAGUAAAUAUUUCCAGUCCCUUUGCUUAUAAGACUAAUCACUGUAUUGCAUUAAUUUUAUUUAGACACGAGACUCAACAACAAAAUACUGUCAGUCUUGCUAGUGUGAACACCAGACAAAGGAGAAAACACAUUGUAAAGCAAAUCCGCUUGUAUCUAAGGAGCUGAAAUCACUCUGGUCAUAUGCUGACAGCCAUUCUUAUGAUAGAGGAAAAAUCUAAAAUCUUAGACAUGUGCAGAAAAUUGUAUCCAUGGCCAUGUUUAAAAAGUGCUGAUGUCAUGAGGUUUUUCAAUCUCUUUCCUUUUUUUUUUUUUUUUCCUUUUCUCCCCCUGAAAUAAGACUAAGAUUAGUGGACCCUUAGUAAAAGACCCAAAGAUUAAAUUUUUAUCCGAAGAUUAAAGUUUUUAUCCUCCUUGAUGGAGAAGACAAAAUCAAGCUUGGCUCUAGAUGGAACCGGGCCUGCCAUUAUUCACAGGCUCUUGUGAAAAAGGCAGGCCCCAGUGAACCCCGAAGGACCAGCUAACUAUAACCUGCUCUGGUUUCCCUUUCAGGUUUCUCCUCAUCCUGGAAGGGGUUGGAUGAUGUCCCUGGCUCUCCAGGACACCCCUCCUUGGCUGUAACUGCAGGAAGGCCUCUUAAACCCCAGCUCUUCUCCCAGCCACUUCUGGAAGCUACUUGAGAAAAAGGAUGAUGUGACAGAUCCUAUCAGAAAGGAUUUUUGGAAACCUAACACCUUCGAAGAAAGUGGCCCUUUUCCCUUUCUCAAAGUAGACAUUCUCCAAUUCCAAAAUGCCAGCCAAGACCCCGAUUUACCUAAAAGCUGCCAAUAACAAGAAAGGCAAGAAAUUUAAACUGAGGGACAUUUUGUCCCCUGAUAUGAUCAGCCCUCCCCUCGGAGACUUCCGCCACACCAUUCACAUCGGCAAAGAAGGCCAGCACGACGUCUUCGGUGACAUCUCGUUCCUGCAAGGGAACUACGAACUGCUCCCGGGAAACCAGGAGAGAGCACGCUUGGGCCCAUUCCCAGGGCACAGCGAGUUCCUGCGGGCCAACAGCACCUCCGACUCCAUGUUCACGGACACGCCCUCCCCGGUGCUCAAAAACGCCAUCUCCCUCCCGACCAUCGGAGGGUCCCAGGCGCUCAUGUUGCCCUUGCUGUCGCCGGUGACGUUUCAUUCCAAACAGGAGUCCUUUGGGCCGGCCAAGCUGCCCCGGCUUAGCUGUGAGCCGGUCGUGGAGGAAAAGGCCCCGGAGAAGAGCAGUCUGCUGGGGAACGGGACGGGCCACCAGGGAGACGUCUCGUGGGGCUCCAGCGGCUCAGCAUCGCAGUCUAGCCAGGGCAGGGACAGCCACUCCUCCAGCCUCUCCGAACAGUACCCCGACUGGCCGGCCGAGGACAUGUUUGACCAGCUCGUCAAGGAGAAGACGAAGUCGGAGGAGUCCCUCUCCGACCUCACGGGUUCCCUCCUCUCCCUGCAGCUCGAUCUGGGGCCCUCCUUUUUGGAUGAGGUGCUGAAUGUCAUGGAUAAAAAUAAGUAACGGACACCGCCGACUCUCGGCCUUUGGGGGAAAAGGUAUCAAAAAAUAAAAACUAAACUAAACCACAGUCGAAGAGAAGAGCUUCACUGGCUAUGUGUGCAGUUGUGUGUUUUCUAAGAUAAUGUUCCUACGAAAUAUUUUUUGUACCUGUUAUGCCCUGUUUGCAAAAACAGAAAGGCAAAAAAAAAAAAAAAACAACACAAAAAACGUCCUGGCAGAAAGGAAGUGAGUCAUUCAGAACCCAUUUUCGGCGGGUAUUGCUGAUGUUCAGCUCACAUUUUUUUGUUUCCAGAAACGUAAGAACUUUGGCUUGGCCAGGAUUGGCACUAGCUACGAAGGGCUGCUCAAGUCACAUUAAAGAACUUGACGAUACUCCAGCAUUUUCUGAGCAAGAAGUCAAAAUUUAUUUAACACCUAAGCCUUUUUUUCUAGACUCUUUUCUAUAUUACAUUAUUUGGGCUCACCAUGGCAAAUUCUUCAGUGUUAAAACUGUUCUCUGUUUUCACAUUUGAACAACUCUAUGGGUUCGGGGGAUUUUCUCGUAGCUCUUAUAUAUCCCUAUACAUUAUAUCGCGCAAUUUUGACCGUCAGCUACAUGUUGGUAAGACACAAAGUAUUACUGUAACUAAGUUAUUUUUAAAGUUAAAAUAUAUUUUUAUGUGCCUCUGGCUUUUUAUUGCAGAGUCUACAUUUUAUAGAUACUACAUCAAAUGUUGUCAUUUGACUUGUUUCCAUUGGAGUUCCAUUGUAAGCUGUGUAUGUAUAUGUUUGGAAAAGUGUAUUCAUACUUAGCUUUAUUUCUUUUUCUUCAUCUGUUAGCAUACUUUUCACAGCACCCAACAACGGAUUGUUAAAUAUAAAGGCACAGGUUACUCAUGAUGCUUCUGCAGAGACUGUGGGCUACACCAUAUAAUGUUAUUUGGAAAUAUAGGUAUUUUAGUACAGUACAUACUUGCAUUACAUAGGUACUUCAUGCGACACAAUAAAGAGUAAAUGUUAAAAUGAA